AAUGACGUCAUCCAGGAAGCGGAAGCGACCAAAGUUUGUUUUGGUUGUUCGCUGAAAACAUCAGAACUUCAGCCGCUUAACUCGGUUUUUAUGAAACAAUAGUAACAUUACUCGACUUUAUUAUAGUUUAAAGUGAACAGGAGCAGAGGGUGAUGGGGGGAACAUCGAGCAAAUUAGCCAAAGAUCUUCUGUCAGAGUAUCAGGAGCUCACAUUCCUCACAAAGCAAGAGAUCCUACUGGCACACAAGAUAUUCUCUGAACUCCAGGGUGGAGGAAAUGGACCGUACAUCUCCAGAGUGUCCAAGGCCAAGAUCCUCACACUUCCUGAACUGAAGGCUAACCCCUUCAGGGAAAGGUUGUGUCAGGUCUUCUCGACCUCUGACCUGAAGGAUGGCAGCUUGAGCUUUGAGGAUUUCCUGGACCUCUUGAGUGCCUUCAGUGAUUCGGCGACGCUGGAAAUCAAGUCCCACUACGCUUUCCGAAUCUUUGACUUCGACGAUGACGGGACGCUUGAUGCUGGAGACCUGGAGAAGCUGGUGAACUGUCUGACCGGGGAGACGGACGACACCCGUCUGACCGCGGAGGAGAUGAGACAGCUCAUUAGUAACAUCCUGGAGGAGUCCGACAUUGAUAAGGAUGGGACGGUCAAUCUCUCGGAGUUUCAGCACGUCAUCUCCAGAUCUCCUGAUUUCGUCAGGUGACAGAAUUUAGCUUUUUAUUGAAAAAGGGGAAAACUGGACGGUUGAAAUAUUUAGCUGCCCUCGGUCUAAUUAA